AACACGCCUGUUUUCAACCUUCUCCCUGACUCUACCAGUGUCCCACUCCCACCCUCUAUCUCUGUAUCUUUCUCUCGCGGAAAAGAGUUUACGUUAUCAAUGGAGCACGAAAGCUGACGCUAUAUUUUUCUCGAGAAAAUCACAUUUCACCAGGAAGGAAACCUGCAUAUUAAUCAGAAUGACAGUUGAAUGUUUUAGAACUUGUCAUGCCAAGUGUUACUGGGAUCUUGUUGCAAGCCAUUCAGCAUUUUAGACAAGUUUUUGUUUGUUCAUAAAGAGAUUUGGGGAAGAGGUGCAGAAAGUUGGAAGGUUCAUUAUUAGGGAUUUAUGCUUUCUUGCCUUCUAAGCUGACCACCUGACUUAGAUGGAUGUUACCUCUCAGGAAAGAAAUCGAAACGCUCAAACUGACCAAUACCCUUUGCUGAUGGAGCGGAUGGAAAGCCAUAACAUUCAUCAGCACAUAAUUGACGUAUCUAGAAAUGAUGAUGCCUCAUCAAGCUCCUCUCAUGACGAACAGCCAGCCAGAAUGGAUUCAACUCAGCAUGAAGAUAGACCAUCCAAUAGCACACAAGUCCCCACUUAUCAAACAUCUCUGUCUUCAUCAAAUAGAUUAAACUUUAGGACUUCCUCAUUCAGGAGAAGAGGUGAUGGCUAUGGUCGUCGCCGUAGGAGCCCAUUGAAUUCUGGGCUAUGGAUUUCUGUUGAGUUAGUUGUCACUGUGAGUCAAAUUAUAGCAUCCAUCGUUGUUUUGUCGUUGUCAAGAAAUGAAAAUCCACAAACUCCAUUGUUUGCAUGGGUUGUGGGUUAUGCCUUCGGCUGUGUUGCAACACUUCCUAUUCUUUACUGGCGUUAUCGUUACCGCAACCAGGGAACUGACCAAGAUUCUACUCAAUCACAUCAACUUCAAGGCUCUUCUCAUACCAAUACUCCAGAACCUACAUCUUAUACUGCUAUCUCUGUCACUCAAUCUCUAGAUGAGGAAAAUAUCCAGACCUCAGAGAAUUUAUCAAGGAACAACCAAAGUGGAACCUUAAGUACACGACUCAAUGGAUUGGUGGACCAUUUCAAGAUGGCCUUAGAUUGCUUUUUUGCAGUCUGGUUUGUUGUGGGCAAUGUGUGGAUAUUUGGAGGUCACUCUUCACCCUCUGAUGCUCCCAAGUUGUAUAGAUUAUGUAUAGUGUUUCUUACCUUCAGCUGUAUUGGAUAUGCCAUGCCUUUCAUACUAUGUGCAACGAUUUGUUGCUGCUUGCCUUGCAUAAUUUCUGUUUUGGGCAUUCGUGAGGAUCUUUCUCAGACUAGAGGAGCAACCUCAGAAUCUAUAAAUGCUCUGCCGACCUACAAGUUCAAGUUGAAGAAAAAAGGCAAUGUUGAGGAUCAGGAAAUCAACACAGGAGCGAAUGAGGGUGGGGUCUUGGCCUUGGGAACAGACAAGGAACGGGACAUAUCAGGAGAGGAUGCACUUUGUUGUAUAUGCUUGGCCAAAUAUGUGGAUGAUGAUGAGCUGAGGGAGCUGCCCUGCGCUCAUGUCUUUCACGUUGAGUGCGUUGACAAAUGGUUAAAGAUCAAUGCAUUAUGUCCCCUUUGUAAAAGUGAGGUUGGUGAGUGCAUUGUCGCCUCAUCUUAGCCUAAGACUUCAUCCAGCGCUAGAGUGAAGAGGACGGAAAGGGUUCAGCCAUAGGUGGGGGGCUUUGUGUUAUGAUGGUUCAAAUCUUAAAACUCCAGUUGUUAAAAUGUCACACCGUAUGCGAAAGCCCUUGCCAAAUUCCAUUUUGGUAGCCAGAGCAGCUGCGAGCUAGGUGGUUUCUACCCCAGAAUUAGUUAAGGCUAAGCAACUCGCUACCCU